AUGCGACGGCAACAAAAAAAAAUAUCUGGACAAAGACGAUCAUGCAUUGCAGAUUUAGCUAAUGAACUUUGGCUUGAAAUAUUCGAAUAUUUUGAUUGCGUCAAUCUUUUGAAGGCAUUUUCUGGUCUCAAUCGACGAAUAAAUCAACUUACUCAGUCCAUUAAAGUUCUUUCAUUGCGUUCGUCGUACUUAUUGAGACGAUCCAAGUCAAUCAACAGAUCACUUCGUAAAUUUCCGAUCGAAAAAUGUAAACAAAUUCAACAUUUUCGACUAAUCUAUGAUGUUCCAUACGAUGAAUCAUUCAGCAUAAUCAAACAUCUUCUGUCUUCGUCGACUCUUGUUUCGUUGACCAUCGAUAGUAAAUCUGAAGAUCACGGAAUUAUUGAUCGUCUAGUGAUGAUUUUGUUUCGUCAAAAUUGUCCUUUUCUUCAACGAUUAUACUUACAAGGAUUUUUAUCUCGUUACAGAUUCCCAUUCAAGAACGAUGCAUCUACAUUCAGUUAUCCAUCACUUCUGUAUGUCGACGCAGGUGCAAUUCAUUAUAUGUUGGCUAUNGUACUGGCAUCAGUUUCCGUCGGAAAUUUCAUUAUCCGAUUCUGA